CUUCUUUGAGGAAAGGCUUAAAAAGCUCGAGAGGAAGAGAAAGCGGGGUUGAUAAGGCGAUAAAGCGGCUGCCGGGAUGCGGCACGAGGAGCCGCUAAGCUGCAGCUAACACGUGGCGACUCCACGCGCACUCCGCGAUCCCUAGGAAGGCGUAUCUCAUCGUGAGAGGCUGGGACCUCCAGGAUGCCAGGGGUGUGGAGGUUGCUACGUAUGCUGAUCUAUAUGGUGGUUGGCUUGAAGAGCGUUGGUAGCAGCAGCGACAUUUGGCCGCUGGAAAGGCCAGAGGGAAUGCCAGCCAUACAAUCCCUCGAAGUGAUGUGUGGAAAGGAUCACAUGGACGUACAUCUCUCGUUCUCCCAACCCUUCGAGGGCAUCGUCUCGUCCAAAGGCCAACACGCGGAUCCGCGAUGCGUCUACGUUCCACCGUCCACCGGCCAGACCUUCUUCUCCUUUCGGAUAGCCUACGCGAGAUGCGGUACCAAGCCAGACAUGCACGGACAAUUCUACGAGAAUACGGUCGUCGUUCAAUACGACAAAGACCUGCUCGAAGUGUGGGACGAGGCUAAACGAUUGCGUUGCGAGUGGUUCAACGAUUACGAGAAGACCGCUUCGAAACCGCCGAUGGUCAUCGCAGAUCUCGACGUGAUCCAGUUAGAUUUCAGAGGCGACAACGUGGACUGUUGGAUGGAGAUUCAGCACGGCAAGGGACCAUGGGCGCCGCCCGUCUCCGGAAUAGUGCCGCUCGGCUCCACCCUCACCCUGGUCGUCGCCAUAAACGAUUAUCGAGGUGAAUUCGACAUGCGCGUCAAGUCUUGCGUGGCGUCCGACGGCGGCGGGCACACGAUACAGCUGAGCGACGAGUUCGGAUGCGUGCUCAGGCCGAAGAUGAUCAGCCGAUUCUUGAAGGCGCGGGGCUCGGACGAUCGCGCAACGGUCAUCACUUACGCCUUCUUUCACGCGUUCAAGUUCCCGGACGCGUUAAGCGUGCACAUCAAGUGCAAGGUUGAGAUCUGUCGUCACGGGUGUUUGGAUCACUGUCAGCUCAGCGGAUCCGUCGGCCACUACAUUCAAGAGCGCAAGGAUCAGAUACGACCGCAGUACCCGCAAACCACAAUACCUCCCACCGUUCACAACAACGAGGAUGACAACAGCGCCGACAAGGGUAACGAAAACGCGGGAGGUGGGGGCGAGCAGGCCGAUGGCUCCCUUUACGAUGACAUCAUUCAGGACGGUGACGAGAUGACUUCGAUAGAGAGUCUGACUUUCUUGGGGGUGGAGAAGUCGGUACCGAAGGCGCAGGCGCAAACGAGCAACCGGUUGCCAGCGCCAGUGGUCGAGAUACCGAACGACAAAGUUCAUCUGGACGAGACGACCGAUCCUACGAGCCGACCGUUCCAUGAUCCAGCACGGGUAACGCGAUACGAGAGCGAUCGAGACAAAUUCCCUCACGGCCCUCGCAAUCUGGAGGGGGACACGAUACCGAGCGUGACACCGCUCUCGUCCCCUAACGGCAGACGAAAGAGGUCGGUGGUUGUGUCGGAUAGGAAGAUCCGUAGCGCGGACGUCGGCGUGAGCGGCUUAUACGAGGUGAUCUCCGAGGCCGAUCUGGCGUUCAGCCCGGACACACACGCGGAAGCGGUAACCGUGUUUCAAGGCAGAAUACGGGAGGAAGUGGUGUACGGUAUCUGCCUGCCCAUGCCCGGUUUCAGCGCCCUCUUCAUCGUGGUGGCGCUCUCGGCGGUCAUUUCUGCGCUUGUCGCGGGCGCGAUGCUGCAUCGGUUGCAGGCGCAACGCGAGGCCGCCGACAGCAGGAAGAACAAUGGAGCGGUGCACUCGACCAACGGGUGGUUGCCUUACGGGUUGUUGCGCGUACGUUGCACGGCGAGACCAGCUCAUCAUCCGGAACAGAUUCAACAAAAACAAACGAAUCCAGUCGCCGCCACGACGAGUCCCCCGGUCGAGAGAGCUGGCUGACGGAUUCCGUGACUUUUGUGUCGCUGGUGUCGCGGGACCGUGUAACUACGCUCCACGAAAGACAAUGUGCAAUAAUCACGCUGUACAAAGUAUUUUAAGUGCGUCAAGUUCGUACGCGCGACAGUUCGUCUCCUCCUUAUAUAUCGAACGAUCAAAAGGGACAAAGAUAUAUUAUUAUAAGAAAGAAAAAAAAAAAAAAAAGAAAAAUAUGCAGCUGGUGCGUUUCAUAAUCCAAGAGCCAAACUCCUCUCAAUCCCCCUCCUUCUCGAUCAUUUAUCUAUCCCCCCACUCUUGUUCUCUUUUUGCCUCUUUCCCUCUUCCCCUUUCCCUCGUCCAACAAAGCAGACGAAAGCGUUAUCGAACGAUUAUUUUCGACGAG